CGAAUAAGUGAGGAGUGCGAGUAGUGGUCUCCUGCGAGUAGCGUGGAGGCGGGAGCGACUCGAGUGUCGUGUUUUUGUACCUUUGACCGUGUUCUGCUGACCGUUUAGCAAUUCUAGCAAUGAUGGAGUGACUUAUCUAGUCUACACCUCAAGAGAGUUCCCUCUUUGCAUUUGAAUUUCUUUGGUGGUUUGUCACCCGACACGUGGUGUGUUAGGUUAACCUAGAUACCAAGAUGCCCGUGUGUGCUGUGUGUUCUGGCACUGAUUUUGUUUGCGAGUCGGGGUUUUAUUACUGCUCAGAAUGUCAAACUCAAUCUCAGGACAUUAGAGAGGAGGUACAUGAAAUCGAUGGAGAUCAUGUGGGAAAACCAGUUGGAGGAAAACGAAAAAGAUCUUCAACUGGUCGAACUAAAUCACCUGUGGCUGUUGAGGAAAAUAUAACAACAUGGGAAGGUUUCAACUUCGCUUUGGUUGGACUAGUAGAUGAAUUGAUCAGUUUAGGAGCAGAUCCUCUUUUAAAAAAAUAUGUGUUACGGAUUUGGGUUGCAUAUCUGGCAAAGCUCGAAAUAGCUUUUACUUCUAAGACAGAACCUGCUAUUCCCAAAUUAGGCCCAAACUACAAACAUCAGGAUGCUGAAAUCAUCUAUGGCUACUCGGAAAGAAAAGCCAGGCAGCAAGAGGCGAAGGAAAGCAAGAGAAAGAAACACAAAAAGAAAAAAAAUGAUGAUGAUUUAUUAAAUGAUACCAAUGACUCUGGGAAAGAUCUAAGAAAAAAGAAUAUUAGGCGCAAAAGAGUCGCUAUCAAAAUGGACUAUGAGAAAACAAUGCACGAGAUGUCUCUAGCUAGUCAAUCCUUGACAGAUGUAACACUUGAAAUGCUAUCCGCAAGGAAACCAGAUGAUGAUGAUGAGUGUCCGGAGGGUGAGGAGAAAAAACAAAAGGGUUUACAAUUAAGUGAAAUUGGAGAGAAGUUUAAAGAUAAUUUUGAUUAUCUGCACCCUGGUGUCUUAGUACGAGGCAAACUCCCUGCCAUUCUCUACCUUGGACUUCUUAUGACAGGUGGCAAGAUUAAGCUGAGUGAUCUUAUCAGAUGGAUGUGGGAAGGCCAUGUGUCAUACAGUUAUUUGUGGAAAUUCUUUCCUCCAGAGGCAAAAAUAAUUGGGGAGACUUAUGCAACCUUUGGAGCUCAGGUUCCCCCCACUGCAUAUCAUUGGGUUCUUGAAGGAACUCAGCAGCUUGGCAAUUUUAUUGAUGUUAAAGCUUUGAAAGCACCAUGCCUAGAGGAUAUGAUAAGGCACUACACAACAGAACUGAAUCUUCCUGAUCAGAUAUGCUUAAUAGCCCUUCGGCUACUUGCUCUCUUGCCCAAAAUGCAAAAUUCUGCUACCGUGACAGUGAGAGAGAAGCUCCCUAACUGGGAGGGAAUAGCAAUGGCACAUGUAAUUGUAGCUUUGAAGAUUUUAUUUGGCUUGGAUGACUGCACUGAAAAUCGCAACUCCAAAGUGGCAAGAAGAAUGAAUAAACUGAUAGCUUCUCAACAUGGAUCUUUAAAGUUGUUUGUUUGGGAUGAUUGGGUGAAGUUCAUUACCCUUCGCCAAACUGCUUUGAUGCUGUUGCAUGAUCGAUCAGCCCUUCAAAACAAGUUGCCUACAUCUGCAGUUCAAAACAUAAGACCUCUCGUAUCUUUGGUGAAGAAUAAAUAUGUAAAAGAUACUAAGUAUGCUACAAGAAAAACCAUUUUAUUGAUGGAAACACACAAACAAAUUUUGUCAAGACUUGUGUCCAAAGAUCCUUUGAGUGAAUCCAAUGACAUUUCGAUUGCUUUUCCUCCCAGUAUAUCCCCUUUAUCUGACUACACAAAGGUUAUGAUAAAAGCCUGUCAAGACGGACAGUUCAACUCAGCCUCUGGAGAGUGGGGCCAUACCGUGAGGGGAAUGAAUCUUGACAUGUUGGCAGAAAAUUUUUCGAGCACAAAGGUUGACUACCUCACACAUCCAGAAAGUUAUGUGGAAUGGGCUCAGCAGCAAGGCCUGCGUGUGGGGCUACACAGUGGAUCAGGAGUCAAUGACCUCAAAUAUCCAGCACCUGAGAAACGACAUUGGAAGUACAAUAAUCUUCUUCUCUACCGUGUCAAAUUGAUCUUGGACGAAAAUGAAAGUCAGCUCAACCCCACCAUACCACAAACAUCCCAUUUCACUGGACAGAAACGCAACUACAAGUGCCACAAACCCAUCGUUUAUCCUAAAGUUGGAGAUGGGACAGAAAAGGUUCCUUUGCCAAUGAUAACUGAAAUGACAGAUUGUGCUCCAGAAAAGGUCAUCAAAUCCAAAAUGAAGGAAAAGAAGACAGUUCUUAAGUCCUCAAACGAAGAAUUUUCCAAUGAGGACGAAGAGAACAUGCUGCACACACCCCACACGGAAUAUUGGAUGUUACACUUUGCUGAUGUACGUGAAACUAGUUUCCCAGGCAGAUACACAGAUUACAAGAGACAACUGCCUGCAUCAUUUGCAUUCUUGCUUGAAGAAUGUGCUUCAUUGUUGGAGAUGGAACCAUCACUUUUAUACAGAGAAGUUUCAAACUUGGAAGCAAUGCAUAUGGAUCUAGCCAGCUUUGAUGAUUUAAAAGCAACUGGGUCCAUUGGGUCCAACUACAAUUUGAAACAGUAUGGAAAGGAGCAGUAUGUAAAGUAUUUAAAAAAGUGUUGGUGAUAAAUGUUGUAAUUCAUUAACCAAUAAAGCAUUUAAUAUAUAAUACAAUG